AUGGUUGAACCGGUCCAACCGGCGGGGUAUCCGAACCAGACGGACAGCAGGGGCUGUCCGGGGCCGCAAGGCCAAUUCGACGAGUAUUUUGGGCCCCUUCUUUCUUCUGCACUUCAGCGGGGCGCCGGGAAGGAAUCCAGGAGGACGUGGACGGGGGAUCGCAGGCCGAGGAGUGAGUUAAGCGGGAGAGUAGGGUACCAGGAGGAUGAGGGGGACGACUGGGGGUGUGAAGGGGAUCUGCGGUUCACCCAGCACUACCACACUGGGGGCCCAAGCGGUGGAAGGAAUACCGGUUAUUUCAGGGGUGGGGAGGAAGAGGAUGAUAUGGUGUUUCGAGCUCGGCCUCCCACCAUUGAGUUUCCGAAAUACAAUGGUCGUGAGGAUGCAGAACUGUGGCUGUACUCAACUGAACGAUGGUUCAAGAACCACCCCACUAGGGAAGAACGAAAGGCUCAGCUAGCGUCCUUAUACCUGGAGGGAGAUGCCCUGCAGUGGUGGGAGUGGAUGGAGCGGACCUAUGCCGAAGUUCAUACGCUAAUCACUUGGCCGAUGUUUAAGGAGGAGUUGCGGUAUCAGUUCGGGAAAUCUGAAGGGUGGGCCCCGGAGCAGCUGGCCAAGCUGUGCCAGACAGGGACGGUGGCGGACUAUAGGGCCGAGUUCUUCAAGUUGGGUAAUCAAUGCAAGGGUGUCCCCGAAGAGACAUUGGUGGGCCUGUGCAUGGCGGGACUCCGUCCGGAGAUUGCAGCUGUUGUCCGGGUAUUUGAGCCAGAUUCACUACGAGCUGUUUUUCAUCUUGCAUGUAAUAAUGAGGAGGAACUGGCUAGCUGGCGGGGUGUGAUAGGCCGAUAUCAGAAGCCGAGCAGAGGUGGAAGUGGAAGCGGGCCGAGUAGCAGGCCGGGGGUCCCGGCGCCUGGCCCUAGCACGGGAGGGGGUGCACUGACUAGUACACCCACCGCGGCCAUUCAGGCUGGACCGAGGGCACCGCCCAAGGGGUUUACUAGGCUAUCCCCUGCCGAGAUCGAGCAGAAGAGGCGGGAGGGAAAAUGUUUUAACUGCGACGAGAGGUUCACCUUUGGUCACAAAUGCGGGAAGUCUGAUCUAAUGUUCUUGGUGGGGCGCUGGGAAGAUGAGGCCGAGGACGAAGCCCCAGAGGAUUCGGGAGCAGGGCAAGAGAAGCUUCAACCUUGA